AUGACAGGAAACAAAAACAUAAAUGACACAGAAUUCAUAGAAGAUUUGGGUACCUCUGGGGUCUUUACCACUGGCACAACUCUUGCCCCUGGCAGCUUCAACACAGGCACCAUUGGUGGAGUCUCUGGGGAAACUUCAGAACCGGGAAGACCAAACACAGGGGCCCCAGCUUCCUCUGAAGAAAGAGGGUCCGCCCACACGGAACUUCCGGCAGUAGGCACCAUCGUGGUUCACAAGGAACCAGCUGCAGCUGGUUCUAAGAUAGAGGCCAGGACUUCAACACAGCUCAGUGGCUCCCCUGGAAGCUGGCCCCCAGCAGCAGCUACAACUUCCUCCAGAGAAAAUGGAACAGCUGGAGUAGGAACCACUGCAGGUACCACAGCUCACUCAGCCACAACUCUUGCUCCUGAAAGUUCCACCACGAGUGUUAGCAUGGUGGUCCCUGUCAGCAGUAUCUCAUCUGGUAAUCUCAAAACUGGUACCACUGGACUCUUGGCCACAACUGUUGAUCUUGGAAGUUCCACCACAAUUACCACGGGGACAACUCCUGCCACAACGGUUGCCCCUGGGAGUUCCCACACAGGGAUCGUGUGUAAAGUCCCAGGGCUGCACAUUUCCCAGAUGUCUGCAUCCCAGGCUUUCUCCCUUCUCUUUUCAGAGGCUCCAACUUCUGCAGAAGUCAGAGUGUCCACUGCAGUUAGGACAGCAACUGGCUUAGUAAAUGUCCACAUUUUAAAUCUCCUGGGUGAAGGUAAAGCCUAUACACUAGGACAGACCCUCCUGAGGAAACUACUUGGUUUAGCCAUCAAAAGUGAUCAACUUGUUCUGGAGUUCCGACAAGAGCCCCCAGGCCAGGUUUUUGGAAAGGCUUACGCAACACAGUGCAAGGGAGGAAGGAAGCUUACAUCAAGCAUCCCUCCCCAGGAAGAGAAAAAUCCAGGAGGCCUCACCUGCCCCAUUCAGGAAGAUGCUCUAUGGACUAGCUGGAGCACUGGUCUAGAAUUUCAUCUGCUUUGUUCUGCUUCCUGCUGCUCUCUGCAGAUGGGCACAGCAUGGGGUCUUUCCGGCUGCUCCCUGAGAAUGGGCACUGAAGCUGUGCCAGAUGUAAAAUGCCCCUCGUUUGCCUUUGCAGGCACCACUGCAGCAUCAGACAGAACCACUGGAGUCUCAGAAAGUUCCAGCCCAGGUUCCACUUUGAUUACAGCUGGAGUCACAACAGGCCCCCCCAUAUCCAAGCCAGAGUGUCCAGGCUCACGUCCACCGGCCCCAGUGUGCCAUGGUCCACUGGGAGAAGAGAAAUCUCCUGGAGACAUAUGGACAUCUAAUUGCCAUCGAUGCACCUGUUCUGAUGCACGGGUUGUAGACUGUAAGCCUAAAGAGUGUCCUCCUCCACCCACAUGCAAGUCUAAAGAAAAGUUUGUGACAUUCAAAUCUAAUGAUUCCUGCUGUGAAAUAGGACACUGUGAACCAAGAACAUGUUUGUAUAACAAUACUGAUUAUGAGAUUGGUGCGACCUUUGAUGACCCCAGCAACCCAUGUAUCUCCUACUCCUGUCACAGCACUGGCCUGGUGGUUGUGGUCCAGGACUGCCCAAGACAGACCUGGUGUGCAGAAGGAGAGAGGACCUAUGAUUCAAAAAAGUGUUGCUAUCAAUGUAAGAGUGAUUGCCGAACUUCGCCGGUAAAUGUGACUAUUAAGUACAAUGGUUGCAGGAAAAAAAUCGAGAUGGCGAGAUGCAUUGGAGAAUGCAAGAGGACCAUCAAGUACAAUUAUGAUCUCUUUCAACUGGAAAACUCGUGUCUUUGCUGCCGUGAAGAAAAUUAUGAGUUCAGGGAUGUUGAGCUUGACUGUCCUGACGACAGCUCCAUCUCCUACAGAUACAGGCACAUCACCGCCUGCUCUUGUUUGAACCAGUGUGAACAGUCUACAGCCAGUUAA